UCCUCUUGUCUCUCUGUUGUGGUGCCCUCGAUCAUCUCGGCCCACAAUUAAUAUAAUUUUCCGCAAGAGGAAUAUUAAUUAUUUCUUGCCCAAGAACACAUCAGACAACAAUCUUGCCUUCCUGCCACACUAAUUGCCCUAUUUAAAUACUAAUUUUUAAACACGAUGAAGUGUAAUUUUCUUCUUCUCUCGCCACUUUCGCCUAAAAUGAAACUUCUAAAAAGUUUUCAAGCUGGGUUCCUUUAAAAUUAAUACAUACACAAGACAUACAAAAAUGACUGGUGCUCCACGAAAAUGCAACUCCUUUCUGCUCGGUGUAGUUUUUGCCAGCGUUACUUGGACGGUGAUUUUGAUUCUCUACAUGCGGCUGGUGAAAGAAAGCAACCUGAAUUCAAGCAGGUUAUCACCUCAGCCCUCAUCCUUGAUGGUGGUCCACGAAUUUUUGCCGAAAGAAGCGCACAACAAAGCACCCAGUCUCGACGAUGGCGAUAAGAAACACAAAGAAAUGUUGGCUCAACUGCAGCCAAAGAAGCUGGAAGACGAGAUCGGUCUCGUUCGAUCUCCGGCAGAGCAACGACUGCGAGACCAAGGCUACAAGAACCACGCAUUUAACACUUUAGUUAGCCACAAAUUAGGCUACCACAGGGACAUACCUGACACUCGAAAUCCCCUCUGCGCCAGUCAAGAGUAUCCGCAAGACCUGCCCUCCACCUCGAUAAUUAUCUGUUUCUACAACGAAGAUCUGCACACCCUGCUCAGGUCGGUCCACUCGGUCAUCGAUAGAUCGCCGACAAAUCUGAUCCAUGAAAUCAUUUUAGUCGACGACAAUAGCAAUUUAGAUAACAUUCAUAAAGAGCUGGAGGUGUACUGCAAAGACAACCUGCCAAUAGUUAUGGUGACCAAGACACCUCGACGGGAAGGUCUCAUCAGAGCUCGAAUGUUCGGAGCAAGUAAAGCCAGUGGAGACGUGUUGGUGUUUUUGGACAGUCACAUUGAGGUGAACAAAGACUGGCUUCAGCCGAUGCUUUUGCGUAUUAAGGAUGAGCCAAACUCUGUGGUCACCCCGAUUAUCGACAUCAUCAAUGCCGAUACCUUCCAGUACACACCCUCACCAUUAGUGAGAGGUGGUUUCAACUGGGGUCUCCACUUCAAAUGGGAAAAUGUGCCUCAAUGGCACCUGGAAACCGAAUCAGAUUUCAUCAAGCCAAUCAAGUCUCCUACUAUGGCUGGAGGAUUAUUUGCCAUGCGAAGAGAGUAUUUUGAAGAUUUAGGGUCGUAUGAUUCCGGGAUGAACAUCUGGGGAGGAGAAAAUCUGGAGCUUUCAUUCAGAGUUUGGAUGUGCGGUGGUCACCUAGAAAUAAUUCCGUGCUCCAGAGUGGGUCAUGUUUUUCGAAGACGCAGACCUUACGGUGCCCCGGAUGGAGAGGACACCAUGACGAGAAAUUCUCUUCGAGUCGCUCACGUUUGGAUGGACGAUUAUAAAGAUUAUUUCUUCCGAGUGCGUCCAGAUGCUCGGCACAUAACCUAUGGAGAUAUUUCGUCCAGAGUGAAGCUCCGAGAACGUCUCAAGUGCAAGUCCUUUGAUUGGUACCUGAAAAACGUUUAUCCCGAGUUGACCCUGCCAUCGUCUGAUAAGGAGAGGGACAGACUUAAAAAUAAGUGGCAGGCUCUUGAUCCCGGAGGCAAGAAAAAAUUCCAGCCGUGGCACUCGAGGCAAAGGAAUUACGUCAGUGAAUAUCAGAUUCGUCUGUCUGGCACAAAUUUGUGUGUGCAAAGCGAGAAAGACGUAAAAUCAAAAGGAUCGUAUCUGAUGCUCACAACCUGCUUAAGAGUCAAAGCUCAAAUGUGGUACGAAACUGACCGUCAUGAACUGGUUCUUGCGCAGCUUUUGUGUUUGGAUGGAACCGGAGACACACCGAGACUCUCCAAGUGCCAUGAAAUGGCAGGUCUGCAAGAGUGGCAGCAUCCCAGCAAGACGGAGACUGCCGUCUACAACAUGGCAGCUGGAACUUGUUUAGGGGUCCAAGAGCCUUCGAAGGGUUCCAGGGUGACGAUGGAACUCUGCACGAAGCCAACAGGGUCCAAGUGGGACCUGGUGAUUGCCAGAAAAAUGCUCGAAGAAAACCCGAGACUGUGAUCCUCAUGUAAGCUCUCUUUCAACUUUUUAAUAUUUUUGUCCAUUUCUUGCUUUAAUCUUCCGCCCAUCGAAAUCUCCAUAUUUGAAUGUAGACGUAAAUAAGUACAAAAAUCUAAGAUAUCUGUUAAUGUUAGGUACGAAUCAUGAAUGUUAGCUGACUUAUUGUUAAAAACUACAUAAUCCAGCAACAGCAUAAGUGUUAAAUAUUUCUGCUCAAAUCUCAACUUGUAGUACGAUAGUUGAUGUGAUCUUGAACUUUUCCAUUUUGAAAUUUAACAGCAAAGUCUCUUGAUUUAAAAGAAAAAAAGGAAAAAACUUCUAUUUACUUGGCCAUUUUUUACCAUUUUUACUAAUAUUAAGAUUAAUGAUUUUAUUCCAAUUUUUAAAUAAAUUUGUUAUGUUUCAUACAUUAUUGUUAUGUGUGUAUUUCUGAAAUACAACUUGGCCAUAAAUUGUGUACAGUAACCAGC